AUGACUUACUCACCCAUCACCGGAACUGGCUCCAUAGUCUGCAUUGUCCUCCUCGCUAUUGUUCUCCUUUUGCGUCUCAUCCGGUUUACUAUCAACCAGGUUGGUAGCCGUAAAUACCACGCUGUUGUCCUCCGCCAGAGACCCGCAGUAUUGUAUAGCAACUGCUCGGUCAUUCUCCCAAUCACUCACCCAGAGGACCGCGAUCUGAGGAAAUGCAUCCACAAGAUUCUCAGAAACCGUCCCGCACACCUCUACAUCGUCACCAUUGGUACGGAGGCUCAGAGAAAGGUGAACGCCAAGCUGGAACGCUUUCGAGCGGAGUCUGCUUUCGCCACUCAGAUUAGUGUUGGUGCUGUGAAUAAGGCUAACAAACGCCGCAUGAUAUCCCAUGCCCUAAGCACCAUCGAUACUCCAGUGACGGUGGUAACAGAUCAGGGCGUCCUCUGGCCCAAGGGCUUCCUACACUCCGCCCUGGCUCCUUUCGACGAUCCCGCCGUGUCAGCCGUUGCUGUGCCCAAGAUUGUGCGCAGACCUGUCAACUUCUUUUACGCACUCUGGGCGUGUCUCGUGUCAUGCUACCACGGACUCUUGGCUGAUGAGAACCAGGCCAUCAACGCAUUGGAUUCCUCUGUUCUUUUUGGCGGCUCGACUGUCCUGUUCCGCACUUACCACGGUGCAGACCCUAAGUUCAGAGCCGAAUUUGAGAACAAGGCAAGUUCAUAUUCCCAAGUAGGUGUCCUACACGGAGAUGAAACUUGCUUCUUCAACUGUUACUUUCUACAAGAAGGCGGCACUGUUGUGUUCCAAGAUGUACCUGACACCACCGUCCGAGUGAAUUUGCCAACUCUCUGCGGAUUCAUUCGCGGGUACAUACGAACAACACACAGCACAUGGCGUCUCAGUGGUUCCAUGCUUCAUCAUAAGUCAGGGAAGAAGUUCCCCUGGGCCUGCUACAACACAUGGCUCUACAGCAUCUUCUCCUACGCUCUGAUCAACGACGUUCUCGUCAUUGCACUUGCAUACUACAACAACAGUCUCAAUCAAGCGACGUAUUUCUGGAUCGACGUCGGCGUCGUAGUGUUAUUUUUCCAGACGGCCAUGGCCCUGGAUGUGGCUCUCCGUGUACGUCACAGAGGCGGUAAGUACGGCUUCUUCACAAUCUUCUUGUGCGUUCUACUAAGCUUCCCAGCGCAGUAUGUUCUGGACUUUCUCAAGAUUAUAGCUGGUCUGACAUGCUGGAUGUCAGAAACACACGUUCGCAUCUCGACAGACGCGGAGCAAGUUGUAAGUGAGAAUGAGGAACCAGCCUGGAUCUGGGGGUCCACACAGAUGAUGGGAUCGCCGCGUGAAUCGGAGUUUGAACCUGCGACGCCCGCUUACACCAGGUUCAGCGUCGACUAG